AGCUUCCAUCGUCCCUCUUUCGAUAAAGAAACAAGCCACAGCUCGCCACCAGCAAUGGCCUCCACCAGGUCCUCCAUCCUGCUCGCCGCGGCGGCGCUGGCGGCGCUGCUGGCCGUGGGCUCCUCGGCGCUCACCUUCAAGACCGGCCCGGGCUGCAGCGCCACCAAGCUGGUCCUCAUCCCCAGCGUGGCCAUCUCCGAGGUGGAGGUCAAGGAGAAGGGCGCCGACGACUUCACGGCGCUCAAGGAGGGGCCGACCGGCACCUGGACGCUCGAGGGCAAGGAGCCGCUCAAGGGCCCCUUCUCCAUCCGCUUCGCUGCCAAGUCCGGCGGCUACCGCGUCGUCGACGACGCCAUCCCCACCGACUUCAAGUCCGGCUCCGACUACAAGACCAGCCUCCAGGUCUAAGCGAUCGAUCGGACGCCGCCGAGCUCUCUGGCGCCGAAGAACGAAAAAUCAUAUGAUCCCCUAAAUAAUUUUUCAAGAGAGAGCAAUAGUCUGCGUGCCCUAUGAUGUAUUAUGCAUGCGUGUAUCAUCUGCAAUUCGAUUUAUUUCAAGUAUAAAUAAAAAAGGAUUGUCUGCCUCUGAUGA